CACACACACACACACACACGACACGGACACACAUCCAGUGCAUGCAGCUAUACUCGGCAACACACCGCACACCGCAUCCUCUCCACACAGACCCAAAGGAGAAGACAAAAGUGAGGAUAAAGGACUGCUGUGCCCCCCCACCUUCACAUUCAGACCUCCAUAUCUCUGCUUCCUCCUCACCAACGUUGCGGGAUUAUAUAGGAGAGGUAAAGGGCACAUCAUAGCCAGUCUGCCCGCGGUGGUCGUGAGGGGCGGAGGUGAGCCUGACCGUGCGUGACUGUUGCCUUAGUGCCUCUCGCUCCCACCAGUGACUUAGGAGCUAGUGCUAUCCAUCACCUUCGCUAUUUUCUUUAGAAACGAUACUACAACCUGAAAGAAACAUGUGUAAGUAAUGAUUAGUGAAAUGGAAAGUGUAAGUGCGAGAGGAAAAUACGAUAAAGAAGAGUAGAAAAAUGGAGAGGAGAGGAAAAGAAGGACUGAGAGUAUAAAGAGAAAGACUAGAAAGUAGAAAAAAGUUAAAAAAGUAAGAAAACUUGAAUAUUAAAUAAGUGUGCAUUCUUAUCACUGAGGGAAAGGCGAAGGAAGUCGACGAAAAAGGAAGAAAAAAUAUAACACAAUUUGAAAACCAGUGAAAAUAAGGAUAAAAACAUAGUGGAAUAUGUAUCUCUAAUAAGGGCAAAGAGGAAAGGAAAGGAAAGUGAAGGGAAAAAAAUACGUACAAUAAAUAAAACUAAGUAUAGGCACAGUAAUAGCGGAUAAAAGGAAGCAGAGGAUUUAGAUAAAGAGAGGAAAGAAAAAAAGAUGAAGCUAGAUAAACAAAAUAAAUAGUAGAUAAGAUAAGGAAGGAGAGGAAGGGAAAGAGAGAAGCCAGACCAGAAAGAGGAAGAAGAAGAGGAGGAGAAACAAAGAGAAGAGUGAUAAGGAGAACACACAGAGAAGAGGAAGAAGAACGAGGAGGAGGAGGAGGAGGAAUGAGAAGUUAAAGAGGAGGAAGGGAAAAGAGGAGGAGGAGGAGGAGGAGAAAGAAGAAGAGGAGAAGCAAAACCUAUUAAAACGUUAAGGAAGAGAGACUUUGAGGGGGUGCAGGAGGAGACGAAGAUGUGGAGCAGGGGUCUGAGUCGUCCUUGGCCCUCUUCCACCUCGUCCUUGGUGAAGAGAAGGAAUCGUUUGACCCUGACGCUGCUCCUGAUCGGCUGUCUCGUCGUCAUCGUCACCGCCCAUCAGCUUCUGCUCCUCGCCUAUACGUACAACGAGUACAUCUUGGCACUCCUUCCACGGGCGCAACUUCCUCAGCAAACACGAGUCCCCAGACCACCACGCACGGCAGGAGAGGAAGGAGGAAGAGGAGGAGGACGGGAACAUGGCGGGGCUACAGGAAGUGGAAAGGGCUCGGCUCCAAGAAUCCUGUGCCUCAUAUCAACGUCCCCGAAGUACCACGAGUCGAGGGCCAAGCACGUAGUGGCCACCUGGAGCUCCCACUGUUCACGCGCGGUUUUCCUUACCACCCUGGAGGACGCCGCCUUGCCCGAGGUUGUGUUGACGCCGGAAGUUGAUGCGUAUGACCAGCUGUGGGAGAAGGUGACCCUGGGCUUCGAGUGGGCGUACGGGCGGCUGGGGGACUUCGAGUGGGUGGUGAAGGCCGACGAUGACUCCUUCGUGCUGGUAGAGAACCUGCGGGCGGCGGUACUGGAGCUGAACCCCGAGACGCCUGUGGCCACGGGGGUGCAUCUAAGGACCUGGGAGACGGGCGAGACGUACCUCAACGGCGGCGCCUCCUACGUGCUGAGCCGUGGCGCAGUCCGGACCCUGGUGGAGAAGGGGCUGAGGGAGGGAAGGUGCAAGGCUGAUCUCGAACUGGGCACCUCCGAGGAUGUCAACAUGGCUGCCUGUCUUGCCUUAUUGGGUGUGGAUCUCCUGGACUCGCGGGACUCCGAGGGGCGCCAGAGGUUCCACAUCUACCCCCCGCAGGAGCUGGUGGACCCAAGACAGGAGGUGGACCUUAGGCACCUGUGGCUCAAGAAGAUAUCCAUCCACCCCUACAAGUUUGGUUACGGGGAGCUGAGUGAUGAGGUAAUUAGCUUCCACUACGUCGACGCGGAGACCAUGUACCUGAUUUACUACCUGGUCUACCUGGUCAAUCCAUCCGUCCAGGGCCCCGGGUCGCCCCUCAAAGCGCUCCCGCCCGAACCAAAGUCAAGGCCAACGUGAGGACGUGACGGGGUGAGGUAAUGGAGGAGGAGGAGGAAGAAGAAGAAGAUGAAGAAGAAGAAGAAGAAGAAAGAAAGAAAAAGAAACAAAAAGAAAAAGAAAAAGAUGAAGAAGAAGAAGAAGAAGAAGAAUGGGUGAGGUUAAGAUGGAUUCAGAGGGUGGGAAGGGGAAAGGGAGGGUGGUUGUGGGAGAAGGGGAGCUGGGGUUAGUGUGUGUGUGUGUGUGUGUGUGUGUGUGUAACUGUCCACAAUGCUACACUCACGGAGGUUUUGUCAUAUAUUUUUUUUUCUGCACUCAAGGCUUAAGGUAAUAUGUAGCUACUUUGUCAGCCACGUGUGUGUGUGUGUGUGUGUGUGUGUGUGUGUGUGUGUGUGUGCGCUAGUUAAGACAUACUAAAAGCGUACAUGUAUUGAGUUAAUCCCUCACAGAACACACACUACAUGGACAUUCCUCAGGCAUUACAUCGGCACGGUGUAGCAUUUCUUGACCCUGUAAAAAACCGGUGAGAUCCCAAGAGGAGCGUAUGUUGCUUCCUUGUGUCCUUGUACCCUUUGUAAUGUACCUCAGGACCAUGUACACCACCACCACCACCACCGUCAGUGUUAAGACUAUCAUCACCAUCAUCAUCACCACCACCACAACCACCACCACCGCUGCCAUGUCCAGAAUCUAGAAAUCAGAAGAGGAGGAUGUGCCUUUAGUAGAAGAGGAGGAGGAGAAGAAGGAGGAAGCGGUGUUGAACAUGAAUAUUAAAAUAGCGAAGAAGGAAUAGAAGGAGGAGACAGUGGAGUAGGAGAAUAAGAAGAAAGCUGAAUUGCACAAUGGAACUCUGAAUCACUAGAAUAACGAAACAUUCGUAAAUAAAGUGAUUUGUGAAAGACUUAUGACAAGGUGAAUUACGAAAAACAUUAACAGGAAGUGAAUCAUAAGACGUUCUAGAAAAGAUGAAUUACGGAAGAUAUAUUUAUAAAAAAGUGAAUCAUCAUCGCUUCUGUAUUCAGCCAUUGUGACGAGGAACACAUGAAUUGACAAUCAGGAAGACAACACGUCAUGCCUGCGUCAGGGAAUCUUGUCACCGUCCAUUUCCUGCCAACUCUAUUAAGCUGAUUGUAAACUCUCUCAAUCAUGAAUAUUCAAUCACACGGUUUCUUUUUUUUUUUUUUCGAUAACGCAAGGGAAUUCUGUACAAGUUAUUUAAACCAUUUCCGAUCCAUUUCCUUGUGUAUUUUUUUUAAGCUUACUGUAAACUUUUCCACAUGUUUUCAGUCUUCCGUCCAUUUCCUGCCAACUCUAUUAAGCUUAUUGUGCACUCUCUCAAUCAUGUAUAUUAAAUCACACGGUUUCCUGUUUUUUUUUCCGAUAACGCAAGGGAAUUCUGUACAAGUUAUUCAAACCAUUUCCGAUCCAUUUCCUUGUGUAUUUUACUUCAAUGCUUACUGUAAACUUUCCCACUUGUUUUCAGUCUUCCGAUUUUUAUUUUUUUCGAUAAUGCAAGGAAAUUCUAUUGAAGCUAGUGAGUCAAGAUUAAACCAUUUGCUGUCCAUUUCUUUGUAUUUCUUUUAGCUUAUUGUAAACUUUUCCACGACAUGCUUUCAGUCUUACAAUAUUUUUUUUCGAUAACGCAAGGGAAUUUUGUUCAAGCUAAUGAGUCAACAGUAAUUCAUUUUUUGUCCAUUUCCUUCAAACUGUUUAGCUGAUUGUAAGCUUUUUCGCACUUAUGUUUUCAGUCUUUCGGUUUAUUUAUUUUUUUCGAUAACGGAAGGGAAUUUUGGUCAAGCUGGUCGGUCAAGAUUAAACCAUUUUUUGUCCAUUUCCCUCAAACUUUUUAGCUGUUCGUAAACUUUUUCGCACUCAUGUUUUCAGUCUUUCGGUUUAUUUAUUUUUUUCGAUAACGGAAGAGAAUUUUGGUCAAGCUGGUCAGUCAAGAUUAAACCAUUUUUUGUCCAUUUCCUUAUAAUCAUUUAGCUGAUUGUAAACUUUUUUCCCAACAAGUUUUCACUCUAACGAUUUCUAUUUUUUUUUUUCGAUAACGGAAGGGAUUUCUGUUCAAGCAAGUCACUCAAGAUUAAUCCAUUUUCUGUUCAUUUCCUUCUAACUUUAUUGUCAUUUAUUUAUUAUUUAUUAUUCUAACUUUAUUAUUAUUUAUCUAUUAUCAGUCUUACGGUUUCAUUUUUUUCGAUAACGCAAGGGAAAUUCUGUUCAAGCUAGUCAGUCAAGAUGAAGAUUACAUAAGUUUGGCGAGGUGGUAUUUCACUGUUCUCUUCCUUUUUCUUUCGUGUUGCAUCAGAAUAUUGCUAAAACUAGUCAGUCGUAUCAAUCUGUUCCUAUUAGAUACAGUGAAACAAAACUGUAUGAUUAGCAAAGGUCGCGUUUCACUGCAUUUUGUAAGUGUUGAGUUGUGUGAGUUUCAGCAGUCCAGAAAGUGCCAAUGACAGACGAUGAUAGUCAGAACAGUGCCAUGUGAAGACUGACUAAGAGGACGCGGUAGGCUUGAGAACAGUGCCUUGAUAACCUAACCGACAGUGCCUCUAAAAUCAAUCAAAUAGUGCCAUCUGGAGAACUUAAGAAACAGUGCCACAUAUGAGAAA